AAUACCACUUGAGGAAAAAGACGGCAGCGAGUGUACUUACGAUCCUUUUACUUUUUGCGAUCCAACACCACGUUCGUAGCAGUCACAUUAAGAGAUCGAGGCACCACAGAGAUUCCCUUUCGAUUUCGUCUUCAACAACACAUAUCACCCUAUUAGAGACAAGCCCAUGCUUAGUGCACUACUGUAUGAAAGGACACGAAUGCACACUCACAGAGGACGGUGAAGCGAAAUGUGUAUGCCAAAGACAGUGCAAUGUGCAUCAUAAAUUGGUGUGUGGUUCUGAUGGACACAUCUAUCCAAAUCACUGCGAGCUGCACAGAGCAGCCUGCCUUACUAACACCGCUAUCAGCAUAGAGCGCGGGGUGCACUGUGUUAAACACGGGAAAGGGUGGGCCCCAACACUGGAGCAUACGAACCUAUAUUUUAAUCAGUUAGCAACAACAACACCCACAAACUUAGCUCUAGAAGACGACAACACCACAAUUGAACCUUCGCGACCCACAGAAGAUAACUUAAUUACCUCUAAUGCGGAAGAAACAACAAUCUCAUCAACUGUCUCGACGAACACUUUUUCAAAUUUAGACGCGGAAAUCGAUAACGAAAUUAACGUCGAUAUCGAAGAGAGCAAGAGGGGCUGCUCCAUGCAGGAGUACGAGAUAAUGAAAGAUAAUCUGUUGCUUUAUAAUCACGCCCGCCUCAUGUCUCAGGAUAAUCACAGUAAAGAUUAUCUAGUUUCGAUAAUGUUCUCGCACUACGAUCAAAAUAACAAUGGCAAUUUGGAAAUAUCGGAAUUAAAAACGGUAAGUAAGAUUAAAAUGGGUUCGCUAAUGGGCUGUGGGAAAAAAUUUUAA